CACCGCAUCUCCUCGCCCAAAGCGCAAUUUGACCUUGCACGUGUGACCGUGAAAAGCUUUUGUGCUUGGGGCUUGGGAGUCAGGCGCGAUGAUGCAAAUUUUUGGACAGAAGCGUCAAUGCCUCACAGUGAGGAACAGUACAUAGAAGGUGGGUCGCCACUGUCAGUGCCAGAUGGCUCUCCAUCAUCUCUACCCACAUUCCACUUGCUCAGCGUUUGGACAAUUCGAUAUUGACUCUUGAACCUUACUCUGUCAUUCUACUGGCUAUCAUUCUUCAUUGUUUGCCGGAGUUUCGAUUUUAGUACAACCUAGGCCCUGAAGCAACAACUCAUCGAUCCAGCAUUCUUUGAGAGACUCUCUUCAGUUCUUGCCCGUUCACCAGGCUCAAGUUACCUGCUCUUGCUUUACAAGAUCUCGCAGCCGUCACCUCGUACGGACUGAUCAUGUCAGACAACAGUCAAACCGUCUUCUAUGGCCGUGGCGGCGCAGGCAAUGUGACCACCAAAACCGCCCAGUCGCCAAAGUUUGUCGCAGAAACCACACCAACUUUAAAGUCCAAGACGUACACCACUGGCCGUGGUGGCUCCGGCAAUAUGGCAAAGAAUGACCUCCAAAACCCAGAGGAAGCCCGGAAAGCUCAGGAUGUUGACAUCCCGGGGCUGACUCUUCCAGAGGGAUCUCAUCAUACUGGUCGAGGCGGCGCAGCCAAUAUAUACACCCCUACCGAGUCGGAGCAGCUCCAGGCCAAGCAGAACAAUGAAAAGGUGAGGUCCGAGUCAUUUCGACGAAGCGGAUCCAAGGAGCGCAACGGAGUUCGAGCAUUGGCAGACAAGGCCAAGGAUGCAUUGACGGGAAAGAAUUAAAUGCCAAAUGAACACCAGCUUACUAUAUGUGCGAUCGGAGGAAGGAUUUUCAUCUCAUGUCCGGAGCUGGGGAACCGCCUUUAAUUGAGCGUUGAGGCUGCGACGGAGUUUUGUUAUUUAUUUUCCUCUGACAUAUGAACUCUUAGUAUCAGAUAUGAAAGCCCCUUUGCAUGGCCACAGGCCAGCGGGACAAAGUUGAUGUGCGACCGGCUAUGCAGGCGCGCUUCCGUUAAACCUACGAGCUAAUCAGCGAGUUCAAGAGUUGAUCUCUUCUGAGAAAAGCUGCUCAAGCAUGAGACCGACCCACUGCUAAUCUGGGUUUAAGCGACGAGGAUUUGGUUCGGAGCUGAACUUUGGUUGAGCGGCGUGGUGGCAACGGGGGUUAUCCCACUUUCUGCAGCCUGAAUUUAUCAUGUGCAAUGGGCGCGAACAGGACGAAGAAGGUGAAGAUGAUAGACCGCAGUGCAAAGUCGCGGAACCCGACUGCGAUUGCGCGUUCACGACACUAUCAAAAGUGAUAGGUUAUGUGCCAAUCUCGACCGCCGCCGAUUUGCU